CGCACAUACUGAGGCAUAAAAGAAACUCUGCUCUUCAUUUAAAAACCUGAGCAGGCAGGAACAGGCAAAGCUCAGCUGCCAAGAUCCCACCGAACAGCAUGGAUGCAGACCAGAAAAAAGGGAUUUUAAGAGAAGGAUUCCUGGUGAAAAGGGGUCAUCUUGUACACAACUGGAAGGCGCGCUGGUUUGUGCUGAUGUCAGACAAACUGCUGUAUUACAAGUUUGAAGGAGGCAAAAGAGACUCGUGCCAGCGAGGGAAAGUCCUGCUGAAGGACUGUGAAAUAACUUGUCCCUUUCUGGAGUACGAAAAUCGUCCGUUGGUGUUCAAGCUCCGGACAAAGAACGGCGUGGAUCAUUUUCUGGAGGCUUGUUGCCGGGAGGAUAGAGAUGACUGGGCAGCUGACAUCAACGCCGCGGUGGACAAGCUGCGGACAGCUGGAGGCAGGAAGGCCACGAACGAGGAGGACCCCGCUGAAUCCCGGUUACACAACAUUAAUCUGAGCAAAGUGUUGGACUCCAUGUAUGACGUCCACAACGGCAUCAAGACCAGCAGCCAUGUGGAGCAGGGCAGCACUUACAGCAACUGUUUCUCAGGUUCGGCGGUGGUGGACUGGCUGGUGUUCAUGCAGCUGGCUCUGACCCGCGUGGAGGCCACGACGCUGGCCUCGGCCCUCCUGGAGGAGGGCUUCCUGCGGACCGUGGGCCUGAAGAGCGUGGAGGCCCUGCGCACCGCCGGCCUCAGCGAGCAGUUCAUGGACGACUCCACUGCACUGUACAGCUUUUCUGACAACUUAAAGAAAAGAGGCAGCGUGAAGGCGGAGACGUCGCUGUCUGCAGUGGAACUGAGUGGAAAAGUGAUAAAGAGAGGAUAUCUACUCAAACAGGGACACAGGAGGAAGAACUGGAAGGUGCGACUGUUUGUGCUGCGUUCAGAACCCGCUUUCCUUCAUUAUUUUGAUCCCACCAAGGAUGACAUCAGCCCCGCUGGCGGCUUCUCGCUGCGAGGCUGUCUGGUGUCUUCUCUGGAUGAUAAUGGAGUUCCCUCAGGCGUGAAAGGCAACGUUCAAGGCAACUUGUUUAAAAUCAUCACUCAGUCAGACACACGUUACUUCAUCCAGGCUCCGAGCCACCAGGAGAAGAUGGCCUGGAUAGAUGCGAUCAGAGAGCAGACGUAGAGCAAGAGGUUUUCAUUCAAAGCCAUGAAGAGGACUGAAUUUUUCACAUUCUGUGAAUGUAAAACUGUAGCAUCAAACUGCGACGAGGCAAAGCGCUGAUGGUUGCGUCACUUUUCUGUUUGUUUAUCUCAGAAUUGCUGCAGUUUUAAGCUUGAUUACACCUGAAUUUUUUUAAGAUUCAAAGAUGCAGCAUUUUGUCUUGUCGUCGUUUUCGGUUUAAGUUAAAGAUUUUUCAUGUGAUUUAAAAGAUUUCUUAUUGUAACAUAAAACAUAAUAAUUUUGACUUUAUUCUCCAAACUGAAUUUUUACAUAAUGUAUCACUCCAGAAACCUCUAGUGAAAAGUACAUUUAGUAGUUUACUUAAGUACUGUUAAAAGGUGUUUGGAUUUUACUUGAGUAUUUUUAUUUCCUUCUACUUUGUGCUUGUACUCCACACUUUUUUUUGUACUUUUUAUGCCACGACAUUCUGUACAACAGCUCUGGUUAACCAUUUGCACAUGAAUAACUUACCUAAAACAGCAAAAAUAUAGACGUUAAUUGUUAAACGCGUGGUGCCUCUCAAACUUCUCAAGACUUGUAGCUUCUUACAAGAAAACAGGAUGCAGUCGGAGCCCUUUUUCAUCCAACCUUCUCAGGUGGCUUCAUUUCAGUAAAUCUCUGAGACCCACUUAAGUAGAAAUAUCCAAAAUUUAACAAAUAACUGUAGUCAUCAUCCAAAAUGUCCAGGAAUGAACAGAUCUGUGCAGCAAAAGUUUAUUUUUCUUCUUCUUUCCCUUUAAUGGUCUAACAACCCCUCCAUUUAUUUUGUGAUGUUACCUCACUGUCUGUGACUCUGGCACGCCAUCCGGGCAGGAAACACACGCACAGUGAGGGAGUCUGAAGUGCACAGAACCAUCACAGCGUGGAACAAGUCGCCAGCUACUUUAUGUUAGACUGCAGAAAACACACGAACCAUAACGUUAUGGUGGAGUGCGGUUUGGUGUGUUGUGACAUGUUUGCUUUUUGUUUUUAUUUGACUUUUACUUGUUUUGAACACCUUUUACAUGCAUGUAGUGUUUUAAUGUCACGUCCCAGGAGGAGUAGCUGCCUGCCUUGUAAUGGCAGCUAAUGGAGAUGCAAAUAAAGAAUACAGAAGUUCAAUUUA